AACUUCAGUGUUCAGUUUAAUUCAGUUGCUCUGAUGAAACGAACGGACAUUGUAGUAACGUACUAAUGACACAAGAAUUUCUUAAGUGAGAAAAAUUAACACUCCAGAGCACAAGAAAUAAUCCCAACGGUAUCAGGGGAAAACCGUACUUUUAUAUUUUUAAUCAUUCAUGAAAAUGGCGCCAUCGAAAGUAUUUAAUGCCCAAACUAAACAAACUAAUGCUAACAUGGCAACAAAAAAAGGAAUAACAACUAGGAGUCAAAAUUCUGUAUUAAAUAAUGCUUUAAUCAAGCCCCCAGUUGGUAAAGAUCCUCGUUUUAAAAGAAAAGCUGAAGGAUCCCCGCAAAAGGACAAAACUGCGAAAAGAUCUGCUUUAGGAAACAUUACUAAUGCUAUUGGAAAAACGUUGGGAACACACCAGCAAGAUCCAAAGAAAGUAAUAAAAAAGGCAGUAGUCACUCAAACGAAAUCUAACACUCAGACAAAACCCAACACUCAGACAAAACCCAACACUCAGACAAGUUCGAUUCGAACACUUGAAAACACAGUUGCUAUAUCUGAUAAACCUGAGGAAGUACUUCCAAAGCCAAAGUUAGUGCCACGUAUAAAGUCGGUGAAAAAGGUCACUGAAAAAAUUGAAAUACCUAGUACAAUUGUUAAUGUUAGACGUAGUUUAGACUUAGAAAAAUCAGACGAAAGUUCUUUGUAUGUAAGUGCAUUAGAGGAUAUAGGAGAAGACACUGAAAAAAAAUCACGUAGAAGUAAUGUUCAGACUAAUGAAUUGGAGAAAAUUGAGAAAGAAAGUGAAACAAGUAAAUUACCAGUACCUGAGAAAUCUGAGGAAAUAGUAGUAGCUGUUGAUCGAUUAAAUGCUGUACCCGAGAGAGUAGUAGCUGCUCCAUUAAAUGCUGUACCCGAGACAGUAGUAGCUGCUCCAUUAAAUGCUGUACUCGAGAAAGUAGUAACUGCUCGAUUAAAUGCUGUACCCGAUAGAGUAGCAGCUGCUCGAUUAAAUGCUGUACCCGAGAGAGUAAUACCCGAAGGAGUAAAAUGGGACUUCGACGCGGAGAAUUGGCUGGACCCGUUUCAAGUCUCACAUUACGCUAUGGAUAUCUUCGAAUAUUUAAAAAGCAGAGAACGUUUCUUCCCUAUUGCAGAUUACAUGGAGAGGCAAGUAUGUCUCUCACGAUGGAUGAGAGCCUUGUUAGUAGAUUGGAUGGUAGAGGUUCAAGAGUCUUUCGAACUAAAUCAUGAAACCUUAUAUUUGGCUGUGAAACUAGUUGAUCUCUACCUGACAAAGGUAACAGUUGGAAAAGAUACAUUACAAUUGUUAGGUGCUGCAAGUCUUUUUGUAGCGAGUAAAUAUGAUGAAAGAAUACCGCCAAUGAUUGAUGAUUUUUUGUAUAUAUGCGAUGGUAUUUACAAACAAAGAGAAUUAAUUAGAAUGGAAAUGAGUAUUUUAAAAGUGAUAGAUUUUGAUCUCGGCAUACCUCUUUCUUAUAGAUUUCUCAGACGAUAUGCUAGGUGUGCUAAAGUUUCGAUGCCAACACUAACUUUAGCUCGAUAUAUUUUGGAGAAUGCUCUAAUGGAUUAUUCAACCGUGACGUUAAGUGAUAGUAAAAUGGCUUCUGCUGCACUUCUUCUUGCAUUCCAAAUGAAAAAUCUAGGGGGAUGGACUCCAACUUUGGAAUAUUACACUGGUUAUAAAGUUGACGACAUAAGAGAUAUAGUACAUCUCUUAAAUGAAGGAUUGCAUAAGAAGCACAAAGAGGCUUUGCCAACAGUACGGAACAAGUACAGUCAUAAGAUAUUCUUUGAAGUAGCAAAGCUGCCACUAAAAGAUACAUUAGAUAUAUAAGUUUAAGAAAAAAAUAUGGUUGACAAUAAUGAAAUUUAUGAUUAAUUGAGAUGGUCGCCAAGCGUGAAUAACCAUUGUUCGUUUAAAAAUGAAAUUAACAUACCAAUUUAAAUUGAAAACCCUAUUUAAAUUAUCAAUUGUCUUUAAGCCAUAUAAAUUCAAAUGACCGUGAAGCUCAGUGUGAACUUUAUACAGUAUCCAAAAGAACAUAUGAGUAAUACAAUUUUGUUUUUUUUUUCUAUUUUUUUUUCUAGUUAUUUAUACAACUUUCAUAAUUUGUAUAUUAUUCUACAAUAUCAGUAUUUGUAAGUUAUUUUAAUUUUAUUUUGUUGAGAAAUUUAUUAACGCCACGCUUUUAUACUCUACAUUCUGAUAAAGCAAUUGGUAUUUCUAAAGCGUUAUUUUAUAUGCAUGAAAAAAGAUUGAGUGAUAUUAAUCUUUUUAUAUUCUUUCUCUCUUUUCUAUACUUAUAAGUACUAUGAGACAGUUUCAUUACCUUCAAUUGAAUUGGCCCAUGUAUACACGAUACGAAUGAAUAUUAUGAAAUUUAUGCGGCAUUUUCGUUUUUAACGAAGCCGUGAGGAGAGGGUGUGGCGUAUUGUUAUGCAUUGUUGUUGCACUUUAUAGAGACUGAUGAAAGAUACUGUAUGCUCAUAAGUUAAAUACAUAAGGUACUGUUACGUAUGAUACAUUUUCUUAAAUCAUUGUGCGCAUGAAAGUUCACAGUAUGAAAGACAAGGAAAGAAAAUGAUAAAUGAAAGAGAGAAUCCUUUUGCUUUGCUUCUCAAGUUAACAGAAUAAGAGAAAAUUUAUCUUUACGAGUUUCAUGAAAUUGAUAAAUAUAAGUACGUAAAUAUGUAAACUUAACGAAAGAUAUCAUUUUUUCUUACUCUUCAUUUCUCGACAUUCUAUUUAUUGCCAUAAAUUCAACACGUAUUAAUCAGAUGUGAAACGAGAUCUAUUUUGUAGAAUCUGACUCAGGCCAUAGUUACUAAUACAUAAUCAUACUGAUUAAUGUACAUGAUAUAGGUUUUUUUCAAACAAAAAUACCACCUGUGAUAUGAUUGCAUUCAGAUCUUCGAUGGAAUCAAACGCAUCAAAAUUCUCACUUCUUUGUACCUCAAUGAGAUAGUUACGUUAGCAAAUUUAGAAAUACUAUCGAAACGAGAAAUUAGAUAUAUAUCUUCAUCGAGAGGAUAAUUGUACAUAUUUAUCACAAUUAUUAAUGUGUACAUAUUUUCAAAAAUUAUUAGGACAAAUUUAAAGCGAUUUCUUUUUAAUGGAAGCCAUACAACUAGAAAUAUUAUUCAACUAUAAGACUUAUUCAAAUUAGGUGGUGUACAUAUUGUGUAAUAAUAUAUUUUUUUACAGUCAGUGAAUGUAUCGAUGCCUACUAUUUUGUAAGACGUGUGUAUGUGAACCAUUGUAAACAAAACGUAAUUUAAUAAAAUCAAACAAUGAUUUUUAA